UGGGUAGCCCAAUGCCCAAAAGGGUAAAUUGCCUCAGUCGUGGGCUCGUUGCCGAGGUCCGACCGCCCCGCGCCGCGCACGCUCCAUCCGAUGGCUGCCGCCGUCCACCUCCGCCCUCUCCACUCGCUCGCCCUCCGUCCCCCCGCGGCGAAGGCUGCGCCCAGCUGGCUCCCCCUCCCGGCGAAACCCAGAGCACGGAGGAGGGGCAACCGCCUCGCCCUGCUCGUAUGCUCCGCGUCACCCCCCGCGCCCGCGGCUCCCUCGUCCUCGGGCGGGGACAACGCCGCGGCGUCCGCAGCGGCCAGGUGGGCGGAGUGGAUACCGCGCGCGGCGGCGGGCCGUGCGGGGGCGGGCCCGGAGCAGGUGCUCAGGCUUAUCUCCGGCGCUGCGGCCACGCCCGUUUGCCAGUUCGUCGACAAACCGCGCACCUUCCUCCACUCCGUCGACCCGCGCGUCAAGCUGGUGUGGCUCUUGGCCCUUGUUGUCCUACCAGCCAGGUCAAACAUUUAUAUGCGGUUCGGUUUGGUAGUAUUCCUGGCUCUUCUUUCAGUGUGGGUUUUGCCAAAUCAUGUAUGGAAGGAUCAACUUGGAAGGGUUGCUCUCCUUUCAGGAUUCAUAUUCAUAAUGCUGGGAUUUGGUGCUGAUGGUGCACCUUCAUUGGUUCAGACGAGAACUCCUCCCCCUUCUGUUCUAGGCAUACCGAACAUUCCUUGCUCCACAAGUGGGUAUUCUUACACAAUCAUGAAACUGGGGCCACUACAAUUUACAAGGAAAGGCCUAUCAGUUGCAAGUACUUCGGCAAGCCUCUCCUUUGCGAUAUUCCAAAGUGCAAGUCUCUGCUUGACAACCACCACUCCUGAGCAGCUUGCUUCUGCUUUGUGGUGGUUUAUGAUUCCACUGAAGCACAUCGGUGUACCAGUACCUGAGAUAAUACUUACACUACUGCUUUCAUUGAGGUUCAUUAAUUUAGUAUUUGAUGAGGUCCGCAACUCAGCACUGGCGAUUGUAGCACGCCGGAUAAAUUGGAAGAAGCUGACAGCUAUGGAAACUAUAGAUAUUUUCUUCAACUAUAUCCGACGGAUAUUCAAAAAUAUAUUUGAUCAUGCAGAGCAAAUAUCCAAGGCAAUGAUAGCUCGAGGGUUCCGUGGUGAUCCAAGCAAUCACAAGAUCUACUUCCUUACAGAAUCUUCAUUUGGCUUUGCGGAUCUAUUUUCAUUGCUUUGCCUGUUUGCUCUGAUGGGCCUGGCUUCCUAUUCUGAUCAGUUGGUUUGACGGUACCAAAAAGGAAUUUCAAUUAUUCAUGAAGUAUCCAUCGUUUUGAUAUUUUCAGCGAGGCAUGGUUAAACGACUUCAAUGGUUGGACUUCUUGAAGCAGCACAUUCAAUGCUGUGGAAACAAAGUAAUAACAAGAUUUGUUGAGAACAAAAACUAGGGUUUAGGACUACACUAACACGAUAUUCCAAGCAGUCAGUUGUAGGCACAACGUUUACAUGCGUCCUUUGAAAGGCAGCAUCGGAAGUGUAAAUACAUGGAAGCGUUUGAUGACAAUUGUCAGAUUUGACACUAACAUCAAAAGGGAAAUGCGAGUGAUUAUUGUUCGAAGGGAAUUCGUCAGAAUUGCUUCCCCAUUAUGUUGUAGAAACAUGUCAAAACAUCCAUCCUGAAACCUGUAAUGCAAAGUUAUAGUUUUGCUCCAAUUUUUUCUUAUCUGUACUUAACCAUAGUUAUGGUAAGAUACUUGAAGAUACAAAUGGUGGAGAAGUUACGUGGUUUGUGACAAA